UUUAGUAUUUUAGGUUAUGAUAUGAGUUCAAUGUUAAAAUUGUAUUCAAAAGAUUUUAAGAAAAUAAAUGAUUAGUACUCCAAGCAUUUGAGUAAUAUUAAUUUAAUUUAUUUAGAUGGAUUUUAUAUAACUGCCAUAAUGUCUACACUGGUAAUUAGUGUUUUCCGUUGUAAAUUUAGCAAGCCAUGUUACUUGAGGUUUGCAAAUUAUUCAUCUCAACCUAAACAAGCAAACAAAAAUAAUGCAGCUAAAGUUGUAAACGUUGCAAUAAUUGGGGCGCCUAAUUCAGGAAAGAGUACACUUAUCAACAAAAUAGUGGACAGGAAGAUAUGUGCUGCAUCUAAUAAAGUUCAUACGACUACAAAGAUGAUUAGAGCAAUGUAUUUUCAAAAUGACACACAGAUAAUAUUCUUAGAUACGCCUGGAGUGGUGACUGAAAGGGAGCAAAAGAAAUACAAGCUACCAGAAUCAAUGAUUGGUUCGUGUUACAAAGGCCUAAGAUGCGCUGACGUGGUCGGAGUGGUUCAUGAUAUUUCCAAUCGGUUCACCAAAGACAGCCUUCACCAUGACGUGGUCAGCAUGCUAGAAUCUGUCAAAGACACACCAAGCUUCCUAAUUAUAAAUAAGGUCGAUCUACUGAAAUCGAAAACGCAAUUGCUAACUUGCAUUAGAAACUUGACCAAUGGUUUUAUUGCUGGAAACCCUGUGCCUGGUCAGGACAGAGAUAAGAGAAUAUUAGAUAGGGGGUAUAGCAAGUUCUCUGAUGUAUUCUUGGUGUCAGCUUUGAAGGGAGAUGGAAUUACUGAUAUAAGAGAAUACCUACUUAGUAAUGCAAAACCUGCAAAUCUACAUUACACGCCAAACGAAUGGACAGAUCAGAAACCCGAGACCUUAAUCAUAGAGGCGGUGAGAGCCAAAUUCCUAGACUUUCUUUCAAACGAAAUACCUUAUAAUAUAAAGGUAGAAUUGGAGUAUUAUGAAGAUAAUGUAGAAGAAAAUAAAAUAAUAUGCUUCGUCUCAGCCGAAUGUCCUACUGAGAGGUUGGUGAAAUUAGUGAGUGGUGCGGGCGGAGGCAGACUGCAACAAAUUAAGUCACAUGUGAGAGCCGAUCUCACAGAGUUAUUUAAGAAACUAGUUGUAAUAGAUAUCAAAUUGAAGUCCAAAAUUAGAACUGAGUAGUUUUUUAAUGACAUAGAUUUUGAUAAAGCUUCAACCACACCAACGCGUGCAGAUCGCCAUCG